AAGAAGAUAAUCCAUGAUGGCGCGGCAAUGAAAGGUAGAAAUAUUCGUUCAGUUAGAAUCUGGAUUAAACUAGACCGCCUUGCUUAUAUGAUCUGACGGCUGAGGAUAACACGACAAGAUGCAGUCAUGAAACGGGUCCGGGCCGAGCAGAUCCAGUACGCUGUGGCUCAGUACCUGAAGAGAAGACAGUAUGUGGAUACUGACGGCUCCCUGAAAGGAGCCAAACUCUUCCAGUCCACCGAAGAGCUGGCUGCUGGUCUGACUGUGCAGACAGAGUCGGGCUGUGCCAACAUCGUCUCUGCUGCUCCCUGCCAGCCCGACCCGCAGCAGUAUGAGGUCCAGUUCUCCAGGCUCCGCUGCUUUCUCUCAGAAACAGAAAUCUCUUAUGCCCAGGAGGUCAGCUGCCUCCUCUACCCGCUCUUCGUUUAUCUCCACCUUGACAUGGUGCACUGCGGCCUGAAGGGGGCAGUAGACAGCUUCUACGUCCGUUUUCACGACACCUUUCUUCACGACGGGGAGCAGCGGUCGGUGGUGGAGCAGCUCCGCCACGUCGUCACGGCGCAGGACGUCGCCGCCAAUCCCAAGCUGAGGUCUUUCCUGGAGCAUAAGUACGUGGUUCACCUGACGGAGUCGGCUCACAGCUACCUGCUGCGCUACCUUCAGAGCGACGACAACAGCGCCAUCUGCAGGACACUCAGCACACACCUGCAGGUGGAGGUCACCGCUUCCAGGCGAACUGAGUACCAGCUGUACGGAGCCGCCGCUGGCUCCAUGGCGGCCGCCAACGCCGGCUCCUGGGCAGGCGUGGGCGGAGCCGAGGGCAGAGCCGAGGCGUUGGAGGUUCCUGCUGGGAUCCCGCAGAACGAGGUGGCGCUUCUGGCGCUGCAGGACUGCAUCAAGAAAGUCCGCGAAGGCCCUCCGUCGCUCACCACCAUCUGCUUCUACGCCUUCCACCACACGGAGCAGAUGCUGAACGCGGCGGAGGUUUCGCCGGACAGCCGGCUGCUGGCAGCCGGGUUCGACAACUCCGCCGUGAAACUGUGGAGCCUCCGGGCCAGGAAGCUGAAGGCCAAACCGCACCAGGCCGACGUGUCGUACAUCCACCUGGCGUGCGACGUGCAAGAGGAGGAGGCGGACGAGGAGGACGGCUGCGGCAGCGAGGUGAAGAUGCUGCGCGGCCACAGCGGUCCCGUCUAUCGCACUGCCUUCCUGACCGACAGCUCCGGCCUGCUGUCCUGCUCCGAGGACUCCACCAUCCGCUACUGGGACCUGGGCAGCUUCACCAACACGGUGCUGUACCAGGGCCACGGCUACCCGGUGUGGGACCUGGACGUCAGCCCCUGCAGCCUCUAUUUCGCCAGCGGCUCCCACGACCGCACUGCCCGCCUCUGGACCUUCUCGCGCUCCUACCCGCUGCGGCUCUACGUCGGCCACCUGUCCGACGUCGACUGCGUCAAGUUCCACCCCAACUCCAACUACCUGGCCACCGGCUCCACGGACAAAACGGUGCGGCUGUGGAGCACCCAGCAGGGCCAGUCGGUGCGGCUCUUCACGGGCCACCGCGGCGCCGUGCUGGCGCUCGCCUUCUCACCGAACGGGAAGUACCUGGCGUCGGCCGGCGAGGACCAGCGGGUGAAGCUGUGGGACCUGGCGGCGGGGACUCUGUUCAAAGAGCUGCGCGGCCACGCGGACAGCAUCACCAGCCUGUCCUUCAGCCCGGACAGCAGCCUGGUGGCGUCCUCCUCCAUAGACAACUCCGUCCGCGUCUGGGACAUCCGCAGCUCGCACGGCGGGGCGCCCGCUGCCGAUGGCUCGUCCGGCGAGCUGGUGGGUCAGUACGUAGGAAACACCAGCAACGUCCUGAACGUCCAGUUCAUGGCCUGCAACCUGCUGCUGGUCACAGGAACGGCGCUGGAGAAAACCGAGCCGUAGCAACAAACGACUCGGCUCCUAUUUCACUUCCACAAAGUUUCACUCAUGUUGAUGUGCUGUUGGAACAUCGUGGAAGCAUGUUUAUAAUG